GAUAUCUUGCUGAGGCACAGAAGAAUUCACAGAUAUGAGCGGCCUUUUUCUUGUGGGACUUGUGGAAAGAGUUACAGUAACAGAGGGACUUUAACUCAUCACAUGAGAAUUCACACAGGUGAGAAGCCUUUCUCCUGUGGGUCUUGUGGAAGAAGUUUCUCCCUAAAAACUAAUUUAAAUGUUCACAUGAGAAUUCACACAGGUGAGAAGCCUUUCUCAUGUAGGACCUGUGGAAAGAGUUACAGUGAAAGAGGGCCUUUAACUCGGCACAUUAGAAUUCACACAAGUGAGAAGCCCUUCUCAUGUGGGACCUGUGGAAAGAGUUACAGUGAAAGAGGGCCUUUAACUCGGCACAUGAGAAUUCACACAGGUGAGAAGCCUUUCUCCUGUGGAUCCUGUGGAAAGAGUUUCUCUCGAAAGGACGCUCUAAAUGUUCACAUGAUAACUCACACAGAUGAGAAGCCUUUCUCUUGUGGGUCUUGUGGAAGAAGUUUCUCUCAAAAAGGUUAUUUAAAUGUUCACAUGAUAACUCACACAGAUGAGAAGCCUUUCUCUUGUGGGUCUUGUGGAAGAAGUUUCUCUCAAAAAGGUUAUUUAAAUGUUCAUAUGAAAAUUCACACAGGUGAGAGGUUUUUCUCUUGUGUGACUUGUGGAAAAAGUUUCACACAAAAACAACAUUUAUCUUAUCACCUGAAAAUUCACACAGGUGAGAAGCCUUUCGCUUGUGGGAUCUGUGGACAGAGUUUCUCUCGAAAGGACGCUCUAAAUAUAAACCUGAGGUCUACUUUUGCCUAG